AUGCCAUAUACUAAAGCAGAGAAGGAAAAGCUUAUACAGCACAUAAAGAAUCAUACUGAAAAAAGAUUACAAGUUAUGAAUAGUGAAUCCGACAGGAUAGCAGAAAUAUGUGAAAGUAAGGUCCUUAGAAGAUUGAACUCUGUAAGUGUAACAUUAUGGAAUAUAAGGCUAAAAGAUGUUCUAGAAGUAGAAAGACACCACAAGCCGACAAUAAAAGGUUUGCUCAAAGAUGUGCGGCAGUUACAGGAGAACUCGUCGUCUAAUAAUAGCACCAAUAUUUCAUAUAGCACCAGAAUCUCGAAUCGAACUGCAUUGAAUGGGAAGAUCACUAAACCAUAA